GGCGAGGCGAGGCAGAGGCGAGACUCGCGAGAGUGGCGCGACGGUAGCUGUUGAUAGUGUUACGCUGCUGGUGUUGGUGCGUUCGCGGGUGUUCCGGGCAAAAAUUACAAAUAAAGGGCGUGUUAAGAUGCAUCGAUGCCGGAGCACUCGGACUCUCGGCACGCGCGGCACCAUCAUCACCACCACGAGCCCGCUGACGGUGACGCAGACGCCAGGAAUGACGUGCGCGCGGUACGCGAGGGCGAACGAGCGACGUUACAAUCGGUCGGCUUAACUAUCGUGCGUCGUCGAGCCAGCAACGCGGGACGGGGAUGCCCGUGCCCUGAGAAACGGACCGUGCACGACGACAGACGGUCGGAUCUCCGUCGACAGCACCGUCGGCAGCAUCCCCCUUGUGCGACGACUCCCGUGACGAUGCUCCCGCGAUAUUUCACAGAUUCCCCGUAGCACGGAUUAUUUAUUAGCGAGAUAGAUAGUGCGUGCGUGCGUACGUACGUACGUGCGCGAGUGCGCGAGCGAUCGCGCCGAAUACGACGAGAUGUUCUCGCCGCCGGCGUCGACGGCGUCAUCCGAGCCGUCAGGCUACGACUUCCAGAAGGAGGAGAACGCUGCCAAAUGGAAAGGGGUAUUUGUCAACUCCUUGCCCAAGGUACUAGAGCAAGUGCAUCCUACCUUGGAAGCUCGACAAGAUGCCCUAGAUUAUAUGGAGAGUUUAAUUUUAAGAAUACUAGCGAUGCUGUGCGACGAACCAGCUCCUCAGACCGCUCAGGACGUGGAGGAGAGAGUAAGGCAGACAUUUCCUACGCCCAUUGACAGAUCGGCCGUUCGCGACGCAAAAGAUGCGUUGGAGAAGGGAAAGAAAAAGUCACCGUUAGUGCUACCCGUUGAUAAGAUUCAUCAGUUACUGCAAAAAGAAGUAUUAAAGCAACAUAAAUUCGACUCGCAAGUUAGUUUGUUCAUAACUGGAGUUUUGGAACACGUUGCUGCUGACAUCUUCAAGAUAACUGGAAAUUACGUGAAGAACAUUCGACACGUAAAGAUUUCGUGCGAGGAUGUAAAGGUCGCGAUGUACGCGGAUAAGAGGGCAUUGAUGGAUAUGUUUUAUCAAAAUGAUUGCACGAAGACUCCACAGAGUACCUUGGGCGCAGUCGUUUCACAGACCUACGAAGAAUCUGUUCGAGAUCUCAUUCACGACGAACGACAUUACAUUCGUGACCUACACAUGAUCAUCAAGGUAUUUCGUGAAGAAAUUGCGAAAUUGGCGAAAGAUAAGAGCGAGCUCGAGACACUCUUCAGUAAUAUUCUAGAUAUUUAUGAAGUUACCGUGACAUUACUCGGCAGUUUAGAGGAUAUAAUGGAAAUUACGGAAGAGAAGCAAACGCCCACUGUCGGUUCAUGUUUUGAGGAAUUGGCGGAGGCAGCAGAAUUUGAUGUUUAUAUAAAGUAUGCGAGAGACAUUAACAGCUCGGCUAGUCGAGAAGUUUUAACAAAGCUAUUGUCGAGGCCGGAAGCUAACGCGGCCCUACGAGCAGCGGGACACGGUUUCAAAGAAGCUGUCCAAUAUUAUUUGCCAAAACUCUUGUUGACUCCUAUAUGGCAUUGCUUCCUAUAUUUUGAUUACAUAAAGGUUUUACACAAGCGAACGCCUAAUGUAGAAGAUGGUGAAACUCUGGAACAAGUGCAAGGCUUGUUAAGACCACUACAGAUGGAAUUGCAGUCUGUGGUUAAUCUUCCGAAGAAGGAUGCUGGCUUGCGAAUGCCAAGCAGAGCCAGGAGACAGGCGGCACUGGAGAAAACCAGUGAAUUAUUAAAGACCGUGGAAGGCUGGGAUCAUCAUCGAGAUAUCGGGCAAUGUUGCAAUGAGUUUAUCAGAGAGGACAUGUUGGGCAAAAUGACUGGAACGCGAAAAGUAACCGAGAGAAAGGCCCUGUUAUUCGAUGGCUUGCUGUUAUUGUGUAAACCGGCUAGCGGUAAGAGGGCUAGCGUUACCGCCGCAGCGGUUGCGGUCGGUGGAGGUGGACAUCAAACGCAAGGCGAAGGACUGCGCUUGAAGGAAAAAUUUUUUAUUAGAAAAGUCGAUAUUAUUGACAGAGAGGAUACUUUUGAUGUAAAGCACUUGUUUGAGAUUGCACCGAGGGACCACCCUAACGUUGUUCUCGUUGCCAAGACUAUCGAGGAGAAGAAUAGCUGGAUGGCAGAUCUCGUAAUGUUGAAUACAAAGAGUAUGUUAGACAGGACGCUAGAUAGCAUCCUUUUGGACGAAGAAAGGAAGCAUCCACUAAGGCUACCUCUGCCUGAAUUGUAUAAAUUUGCCGAGCAGGACAGCCCGGAAAAUAUCGUUCUCGAGGCGAAGGAGAACAGUGGCGUUCCGCUCAUUAAGGGUGCAACCUUGAUAAAGCUAGUGGAGAGAUUAACUUAUCACAUAUACGCUGAUCCCGCUUUCUUAAGAACAUUCCUUACCACUUACAGGAGCUUUUGCUCGCCCCAAGAAUUACUGACGUUGCUGAUAGAAAGAUUUGACAUACCAGACCCCUCAUUGGUCUACGGCGAGGAGGAAAAACCUGCCGUGUGUAAAACGACAUCGAGAGAGGAUUGGAAGAGAUAUAGGAAAAAAUUCUGUCAGCCGGUGCAGUUUAGAGUUCUAAAUGUUUUGAGGCACUGGGUGGAUCAUCAUUUUUACGAUUUCGAACGUGAUAGGAGCCUUUUGGAAAGAUUGCAAUUGUUUUUAGAUACGGUUAAUGGCAAGUCUAUGCGGAAAUGGGUCGAUUCAGUAUUAAAAAUUGUACAAAGAAAAUGCGAACCGUCGGAACAACGACCUAUCACAUUUAGCUUUGAGCGAUCUCCUCCGCCAAUUGAGUGGCAUCUUAAAGUUCCUGAGGAAGAAUAUGGAAUACUUACAUUACAUCCUAUCGAACUAGCGAGGCAAUUAACAUUGUUGGAGUUCGAUCUGUAUCGAACAGUAAAGCCCUCCGAAUUAGUCGGGUCCGUAUGGACGAAAAAGGACAAAGAGAAAACGUCGCCGAAUUUGUUGAAAAUGAUCAAGCAUACGACAAAUUUUACGAGAUGGUUGGAAAAGGAGAUAUUGGAAGCCGAAAAUUUCGAGGAGAGAGUAGCCAUCGUGUCGCGCGCGAUCGAAAUAAUGAUAGUGCUGCAAGAUCUCAACAAUUUUAACGGCGUGUUAGCAAUCGUCAGUGCUAUGGGAUCGGCUUCAGUUUUCAGGCUAAAAUUUACUUUCCAACAAAUAUCAGCAAAGGCAAUCAGAUUAGAAAAGGCGUUGGAAGAAGCACGAGAGCUUAAUAGCGAUCAUUUUCGGCGAUAUCAAGAAAAGUUAAGGUCCAUCAAUCCACCUUGCGUACCUUUCUUCGGUAUGUACUUGACCAAUAUUCUGCACAUUGAAGAGGGCAAUCCAGACUACUUGCCAGCCAGUCCUGAGCUCAUUAAUUUUAGUAAACGGCGAAAAGUGGCGGAAAUAACUGGCGAAAUUCAGCAGUACCAAAAUCAACCUUACUGUCUUUCAGGGGAGCCUAAAAUAAGACAAUUUAUCGAAAAUCUGUGUCCUUUCGAUCCUAAUAUGAAAGAUGCGGAUAUAAGCAAUUAUUUGUAUAAUAAAAGUUUAGAAAUCGAGCCAAGGGGAUGCAGGCAACCUCCGCGAUUUCCACGUAAGUGGCCAGAGCUAAACUUGAAGUCACCGGGAAUCAAAGCCAGAAGCCUCAGUGGAAGAUUGCCAACUCCGUUGCACGCGGUAACGUCGAGUAUAAGGUUGCACGAUCCUCCAGUGGAAGCGCCGGCCCCUACCGAAUUACCGGAAACACCGCCGCACGGCUCGCAGAUCGGAGUUCCGCAUACAGGAGAUCACAGCGUUUUCGCACCCGUUUUAUUAGGAAAUGUGCCACCUCCGGGAUCACCUAGUCCACCCAGCAUAUCAUGGCUUUCGAUCACUUCGUCGAACAACAGCCCUCAAAUGGGAUCACCGGGUCAUUUUCCUUCAACGCACCAACAACAUACCUGCUUUGGUUUCAAUUCCAGCACUAUGAGCUUAACGAGUUCUAUAGCAGGUUUAUCGUUGUCAAGUGGAAGCCCUAGUGCAAUGGCAACGCCACCGUCUCCCGGUAAUGUACCUCCUAGCCAACCGCCACCUCUACCGCCUAGAUCUCGAAGACGUGAGAGUUCGUUUAGCGAAUCAUCGCAACAAAUGAGACAAGCGCCAAACGCACCAAUUCUUCCCCCGAGAGACGAUAUCUCGCCGCCGCCGUUACCGCCGCGAAGGGAGGCACCGCGAUUUCCUCCGACUUUAAACGCAAGCACUUCAGCAUUAUUGGCACGUCGAAAUUCCACAUUAGAAAGUACAUGUUGUACCGUCGUUCAUCCGUCACGGAGACACAUGUCUCUCAAUGGCCCUAGCCCCACGAAACAUCCACCAGCGCAGCCUAAUGGAUCAGUGACACCGAGGUUACCGCCCAAGCCUUUACCAGGACGUCCACCCACUACCAUGUUUAACUUCAACGCUCCCCCCGGACCUAGUUGAGUGUCGUUCUUCCUGCAGUCGUUUUUACCUUGUUGAGAAAAAGAACACUCUCAGUCGAAGCGUAGUCCGUUCGGUAAAUUAAACAAAGUUGAAAUCUUCCUUGCCGCACAAAUCCCUUGUGAACGGCAUGUUUUAAACAAAUCGACGGAGCCCAAACAGGGUACUCGUGUAUUUAUGGUGACUUGUAUCUUGACAGUUUGACAAAGUGGUCGAACAUGAAAAAAAUAUUGAGCGAUAUUUAUUGAACGCGGACGAUUCUCACUGGACACUCUUAUGGAAUACAUUUCAUCAUUCCUAUUUGAAAUAGCCAGUGGUUUAUGUGCACCGUGCCUUACAAUCUUAACUGAAUGGACUAUGCUCAAUUUCAGUUACCUGAAUGACUUCCUCUCCUUGUAAAUCCCUGUCUCUCCUUCAAACACAACUGUGAUAUAGUCUGAAUAUAAAAAAAAAAUACGUUUAUGUAAAUUAGAUUUUAUAUAAAGUAAUCGGCGUAAAACAGAAAGUGAUGUAUGUAUUAAAAUGAAUGUAUCGA